AUGACUAAGACCCCCAACACUAUAAUCACACAUGACUUAGACCCCAGCACAAUCUUUACUCAUGACUUUGAUCCCGGCAGUAGCUUUACACACGACCUGGACCCCAGCAUUAUCUUCACAUGUGACUUGGACCCCAGCACUAUCUUCACACAUGACCUGGACCCCAGCACUAUCUUCACACAUGACCUGGACCCCAGUACAAUCUUUACUCAUGACUUUGAUCCCGGCAGUAGCUUUACACACGACCUGGACCCCAGCAUUAUCUUCACAUGUGACUUGGACCCCAGCACUAUCUUCACACAUGACCUGGACCCCAGCACUAUCUUCACACAUGACCUGGACCCCAGCACUAUCUUCACACAUGACCUGGACCCCAGCACUAUCUUCACACAUGACCUGGACCCCAGCACUAUCUUCACACAUGACCUGGACCCCAGCACUAUCUUCACACAUGACCUGGACCCCAGCACUAUCUUCACACAUGACCUGGACCCCAGCACUAUCUUCACACAUGACCUGGACCCCAGCACUAUCUUCACACAUGACCUGGACCCCAGCACUAUCUUCACACAUGACCUGGACCCCAGCACUAUCUUCACACAUGACCUGGACCCCAGCACUAUCUUCACACAUGACCUGGACCCCAGCACUAUCUUCACACAUGACCUGGACCCCAGCACUAUCUUCACACAUGACCUGCACCACAGCACUAUCUUCACACAUGACCUGGACCCCAGCACUAUCUUCACACAUGACCUGGACCCCAGCACUAUCUUCACACAUGACCUGGACCCCAGCACUAUCUUCACACAUGACCUGGACCCCAGCACUAUCUUCACACAUGACCUGGACCCCAGCACUAUCUUCACACAUGACCUGGACCCCAGCACUAUCUUCACACAUGACCUGGACCCCAGCACUAUCUUCACACAUGACCUGCACCACAGCACUAUCUUCACACAUGACCUGGACCCCAGCACUAUCUUCACACAUGACCUGCACCACAGCACUAUCUUCACACAUGACCUGGACCCCUGCACUAUCUUCACACAUGACCUGGACCACAGCACUAUCUUCUCACAUGACCUGGACCCCAGCACUAUCUUCACACAUGACCUGGACCCCAGCACUAUCUUCACACAUGACCUGGACCUCAGAACUAUCUUCACACAUGACCUGGACCCCAGCACUAUCUUCACGAAUGACUUACGGAAAAAUAUCCACUCACGUUAA